AGACGGGGUUAUACAAUGAUUCGGUAGGCUCCGGCGUGAGUUCAUAUGUCCGCGGUAUAAAAUCCGUUGACAGCGUGCGACCCGCUAUCAGUGUGACUAGAUUCGUGAGACGCGCAGCACACACGCGGCAAUGAAGGUUUUCAUAGUACUUUUCGCCCUUGUGGCAUGCUCCUCGGCCACAUUUGAUACGCUCUUCAGUAAAAAGGGUGGCGGUGGCGGCGGUCUCGGUGGACUCUUCGAUAUCCAAGGACUCCUGGGACAGCUGCUAGGCAAAGGUGGUAAUGGCCCACGACCCGUGUACGGACCUCCACCACGGCCCGUGUAUGGACCUCCACCACGACCUGUGUACGGACCUCCGCCGCGACCCGUGUACGGACCACCACCCCGGCCAGUGUAUGGACCGCCGCCAGUAGCCCCACCUCGACCAGUUUACGGACCGCCUGUUUCGAUCCCAGCUCCAGCAUUUAGUGUUCCUCCAUCUGAUCGUUUCCCAGUUCUUCCUCCGCUACCGGUUAAAGGACCAAGAUCGCCACCACGCCCAGUGUAUGGACCUCCACCAGUGUUCCAUGAACCCGCUCCGGCUCCAUCUCCAGUAUACGGUCCUCCAAUUAGUUUCCCAUCAGCUCCUUCGAGCUCUUAUGGACCUCCUAGCUACUCCCCACCGGCACCAGUGUUCCAGCCGGCCCCUGCCCCAGUUUAUCAACCUAUUCCAGUAUACGCGCCUGCUCCUGCUCCAGCCCCAGCUCCAGUCUUCAACCAGCCGGCCCCAGUUUACGGCCCACCUGAGCCGGUCUUCCAACCGCAGCCCGAACCCGUUUUCCAACAGCCACCCCAACCCGUUUUCCAACAGCCACCUCCACCAGUGUACUCGCCACCCCAGCCAGCGCCUUCCCCAUCAUAUGGACCUCCCCCACAACAAGACGUGAUCACUGUCGUACAGCCCCCACGCAACGAUUAUCUACCUCCGGAGCAGAUUCAGCAGCUCCCGCUCCAGGACACCAGCGUCAGCUUCCAAGGCGUGAGCUCGAGUGCAGUCGCAUCCGGUAGCGUAACCGGAGGAGGCAACUCCGCUUACCCCUACUGAAAUGGACAGGUUUCCGAUCGUUGAUUCUGAAUCCUACCCCCUGAAGAACAAUAGACGAAGCGGGUGGGACUUCUUCGUUCUCUUUCAUUUUUAGAGAGAGAACGUGAGCGGAUUCCAGUGGCGCACUUAUACAUACAAAAAAACGUAACAAAAACACACUUAGCUAGGAUUGUGCAAUACCAAAAAAAUGGUUAGUUUGCGAAACAUUUUACUUUAAGUUGCCGAGGACCGUUCUAACUAAACAAUCGUCAUUAUUUCAACUUGACAGCAUUUCAAUCAAGUUGAAAAGAUUUCUGUCGGAUUUUUAAGUUUAAAAAAUCUUCUACUAGUCACUUAUUGGAAUGUCAAAACAGUAAGGUAGAAAAUUACAGACGAAUCAAUCAUAGCAACCUAGCAACCAAAAUUAGCAUCAAGUUAGAGAACACAUCCAGUAGAAAAGAGUACACUGUAUUUUAGCUGAUAUUCGUUCAAGAAUGAAGAAUACGCAAAUCUCCUGAUUUCACAACCAUUGACAACCCAAGAAAGGCUUAAAUAAGUUUUAAACAAAUUCAAUUAGCUUUAAACGAAAAAAAAACGUAAACUGAAACGCCCCGGAGCGAGGAUUCCCGUGUCAGAGGAGCAUCCGCGAUGCGAAAACAAAAAAAAUCUCGUAUAAUCUACGAAACACCGAAUUUGCUCAAUUUGCGUGUAUUAGAAAAAUGGCCCCCUUACCAUCAACAAUGGUGCGGGGGAACAGUUUCGCCAGCAAAACAAAUAGCUCACAUCUAGGCUAGAGUAGAACAACAAGAAAACAAAAUAUUCACCCAUUUUACUGCUAUAAAUUAAUUUAUGUAAUUGUAAAUUAAUGUUAGGAUGCGCAUCGCUAAUCGUCGAACUGUCUUUUAAGUUUGUUUUGUACCGUCUUGUUUAGCGUAUUAGAUGCAGUAGGCGUGGCGUCUCCACAGCAGCAGCAGCAGCAGCAGCAGCAACGAACCAACCCGAGAGAGCCAGAAGAGGAAAUUGGACAUUCUCUUCCGGUUUGAUCGAGUAGAAAUUUAUACUUUUUUGAAUGCCAUAUUUAAGAUUGAAAGAAUGAUUUGGGAAAGUAUUUUGGAGUGCUUUGCCGAAAAGCAAGCUUUGAGUGCACAGAACUUGUGUAAUGUACAGAACAACGGGAAUGGAAAAAUCUGAGUUGUUUUUAAUAAAAUAAAUGAAAAAUGAAAGUAAACAACAGA